AUGAAAUUAAAAUAUCAAGUAUUUGAAAUGUUGUACUCAAGUCGAGGCGACCAAGGGGAGCGGGAUCUACUGCUACUGUUUAUCAUUCUCACAGCCUGGGAGACCGGGAGCAGCCAGGUCCACUACUCAGUCCUGGAGGAGGCCAAACACGGCACCUUCGUGGGCCACAUCGCCCAGGACCUAAGGCUGGAGCUGGCGGAGCUUGUGCCCCGCUUGUUCCAGUUGGAUUCCAAAGGCCGCGGGGACCUUCUGGAGGUAAAUCUGCAGAAUGGCAUUUUGUUUGUGAAUUCUCGGAUCGACCGGGAGGAGCUGUGCGGGCGGAGCGCGGAGUGCAGCAUCCACCUGGAGGUGAUCGUGGACCGGCCGCUGCAGGUGUUCCAUGUGGAGGUGGAGGUGAAGGAUAUUAACGACAAUCCUCCUGUGUUCCCCGGAACACAAAGGAAUCUGUUUAUCGCGGAAUCCAGGCCGCUUGACUCUCGGUUUCCACUAGAGGGCGCCUCCGAUGCAGAUAUCGGGGAGAACGCUCUGUUGACUUACAGGCUGAGCUCCAGUGAGUAUUUCUCUCUGGACGUACCAACCACCGACCAACAGGUAAAGCCUCUGGGACUUGUAUUACGAAAACCUUUAGACAGGGAAGAAUCUCCGGAACUUCAUUUAGUGCUCACGGCCACUGACAGAGGCAAACCUGAGCUGACUGGCACAGUUCAGUUACUCGUCAAAGUGCUGGACGCCAAUGACAACGCCCCAGCUUUCGACAGAACACUCUAUGCGGUGAAAUUACCAGAAAACGUUCCCAAUGCAACGUUCGUAAUUAAACUUAACGCCUCAGAUUUAGACGAAGGCUUGAAUGGGGAUAUUAUUUACUCAUUCUCUAGUGACGUUUCUCCAGAUAUAAAAUUUAAGUUCUACAUAGACCCCCUAAGUGGGAAGAUUAUAGCAAUAGGACAUAUAGAUUUUGAAGAAAGUAAAGCCUACAAAAUUCCAGUAGAGGCGAUCGAUAAAGGCCUCCCACCCCUGGCUGGUCACUGUACAGUUCUUGUGGAAGUUGUGGACACUAACGACUUUGCUCCAGAGUUGAUUAUCAAAACGCUCUGGCUCCCUGUCAAAGAGGACGCACAGCUGGGGACAAUCAUUGCCCUGAUCAGCGUUAUUGACCGAGACGAAGGUGCAAAUGGACAGGUGACCUGUUCUGUGAUGCCUCAUGUCCCCUUCAAACUGGUGUCCACCUUCAAGAAUUACUACUCGCUGGUGCUGGACAGCGAUCUGGACCGUGAGAGGGUGGCAAACUAUGAAGUGGUGGUGACCGCGCGGGACGCGGGCUCGCCUUCCCUGUGGGCCACAGCCAGCGUGUCCGUGGAGGUGGCCGACGUGAACGACAACGCGCCCGCGUUCGCGCACCCCGAGUACACGGUGCUGGUGAAGGAGAACAACCCGCCCGGCUGCCACAUCUUCACGGUGUCCGCUCGGGACGCGGACGCGCAGGAGAACGCGCUGGUGUCCUACUCGCUGGUGGAGCGGCGGGUGGGCGAGCGAGCGCUGUCGAGCUACGUGUCGGUGCACGCGGAGAGCGGCAAGGUGUACGCGCUGCAGCCGCUGGACCACGAGGAGCUGGAGCUGCUGCAGUUCCAGGUGAGCGCGCGCGACGCGGGCGUGCCGCCUCUGGGCAGCAACGUGACGCUGCAGGUGUUCGUGCUGGACGAGAACGACAACGCGCCCGCGCUGCUGCUGCCCAGGCCGGGCGGCGGGGCGGGAGCGCUGAGCCAGCUGGUGGCUCGGUCGGUGGGCGCGGGCCACGUGGUGGCGAAGGUGCGCGCGGUGGACGCGGACUCGGGCUACAACGCGUGGCUGUCGUACGAGCUGCAGCCGGUGGCGGGUGGCGCGCGCAGCCCGUUCCGCGUGGGGCUGUACACGGGCGAGAUCAGCACGACGCGCGCCCUGGACGAGGCGGACGCGCCGCGCCAUCGCCUGCUGGUGCUGGUGAAGGACCACGGCGAGCCGGCGCUGACGGCCACGGCCACCGUGCUGCUGUCGCUGGAGGACAGCGGCCAGGCGCCCAAGGCCUCUUCGCGGGCGUCGACGGGCGCCGCUGGCGCGGAGGCCGCUCUGGUGGAUGUGAACGUGUACCUGAUCAUCGCCAUCUGCGCGGUGUCCAGCCUGUUGGUGCUCACGCUGCUGUUGUACACGGCGCUGCGGUGCUCGGCGCCGUCCAGCGAGGGCGCGUGCGGACCCGGGAAGCCCACGCUGGUGUACUCCAGCGCGGUGGGGAGCUGGUCUUACUCGCAGCAGAGGCGGCAGCGGGUGUGCUCUGGGGAGGGCCCGCCCAAGACCGACCUCAUGGCCUUCAGCCCCAGCCUACCUCCGUGUCCUGGAUCUGUAGAUGGAAGUGGAGACCCACAAGCUUCUUUGGACUCCUCUGGGAAGGUGGGUUGCUCUAAUAUUUUGUUUUUUAUUGAUGAUUGGCAUUUAGAAGUUGCAAAUACCUCACAGAGAACUGAUGCUUGA